CUUAAGAAUCCUGAUGAGAAGUACGACAUUAUUCCUGAAAUAUGGGAGGGACACAAUCUCGCCGAUUUUGUUGAUCCGGAGAUCCAGAAGAAAUUGGCCGAUCUAUUAGCCGAGGAAGAGUUGCGUGAGAAAGCUGGAGAAUACGACUCUGACCUGGACAGCGAUGACGAAGAGACCAAGGAAAAGCUGGAACUCGCAAAACAGAUCAGGGAGAAAGAAAAGCUUAUGGCUUUGGAGAAUCACAUGAACAAAUCAAAAGCGGCAAGUUUCUGA